GAUGCAAUAUCCUCUUUCAUCAUCUCUUCCCUUCUUUCAUACUCUCCUCUCUCUCUUACACUCACUCUCACCCUCAUCCUCCAUUCCCCCACUCUUCUAUCUCUCACCCUCACACAACCUCUUAUUCUUUUCACACAUAUACAUCAUUAUCUACUCAAACAUAUACACAUAUAUACUCCGAUAUCGCUCUAUUAUCCUUCCUUCACAAUGUCCCGACGAGUCCUGACUUCCAGGCAGGUCGCCCUUCUCCUCACACAUAUCACCACACUUUUCCUUUGCAUCUCCUUUGCCCCUGCUGUUCACACCCAAUCAUUCCAGCCAGCUGUUGUAUUUCAAUCUAACAACGUCUUCAUCGAGGGCCAGGCCAUGUACGUUAUGGCUGGCACUCCCUCUGUCGAUUCCGACAUCACUACUCCGCAGAUGUUCAUGAUGGAUCUCUCUGUCUCUUGGAACGCGACCAGCCCUAUUUUCAAGAAGUUGCCCAAUGGGCCCACCGCCGUGUAUCACACUAGCACUCUCUCGGCCGACAAGCAGAGUUGGUUUGCGCUGUUGAACAACGACGCCUACCUGUACAACUUCCAGAACGCAACAUGGACCUCCAUAUUGACAAGUCCCUACAUAAACAAGUAUUUGCUGGACGGAGCUGUGGUGGACCCAGAUACAGGCAUCAUUUAUAGUCCGAAUGGAUAUGUCACUACCACAGGCGAAGUUUCAAUGUUGAGAGUGAACCUGAACACUUCUGUGUUCGACAACGUCCCUCAGUACUCUACCAAAAACGUAUCGGAGAAUUACAGCGCAGCCUGGAGCUCAGCGAUUCAGGGCAUGCUCUUUAUCACUGAAAUAGGAAGCGAGCUACACGUCUACAGCCCCACAAGAGGAUGGAGCGCUCCAAGCGGAAGAGGAGCAAUCCCCAGUCAACGCGCCGCCGCUUGCCUGAUCCCAGUGUACGGAGGCUCGAAAAUGGUACUGUUUGGCGGCUACUCAAGAUUGACGGCCAGUGCACUAAGUGAUAUCUAUGUCCUGGAUAUUGCGACUUGGACAUGGACAAAAGGACCCGACGCCAACUUACCGAAUGGGCGACUGGGAGCCUCAUGUGCUGUCACCAACGACCAAUUUGUCAUCUGGGGCGGCAAGAGUUCCAGCCCAACUUUGGAUGUCAUGGCUGAUAAUACUGCCUUGAUCUACAACUUAAAAACCAACACAUGGAUAAACUCCUUUGUCGCCCUGCCCAAGCCUACAGCAACUCUGAGCGCCUCCACAUCCACCUCUGCCGCCGCCGGCUCAAGCUCCAUCUCUUCGUCGACUUCACCUGACAGCUCCAAAUCCAAUACUCCCUCGCCAACUACAGCGAACGACAACAGUUCCCGUAUCGUUAUUAUCGUUGGGUCAAUUGCAGGGGUACUCGCCAUGGUCUUGAUGGGCGUAGGACUGGCUUACUAUCGCACUCGCUACAAGAAAACCGCUUCCGAAAACCCCAUCGAUGGCUCAUCGAAUCAGUCGGACCUCAAGGAUUACCCUGACGGAAGCGCGUACGCAUUGCAGCAGCGAAACCCUCCUUAUCCACCUCCUCCUCCUGUCAUGGACGCCAAAUGGUCAAGUCCUCGUCCUUAUGAUAGAGCGCCCCGUAAUCCGGAAGCUAUCGUGGAUGAUCAAAAGCAUGGCUAUUACCCUCCACCGGGAUCCAUGGAGCUUUCAAAUCCCUAUCUCAAGCAAGAGGCGGAACUAGGCAGGCAGGAGUGGGGUCGACCGCAUGAAGGCACCUACGGUGCUCAGAGUAUUUCUCAGCACCCACACACAGAUUACAACGACUUGGCGAGGAGGGGUCGACCUCAACAGGGCGAGUAUGGCGCGCAACGGCAUUCAGAACAUCCCCAUGUCGAUAUGCAGGUCCAUCGCCCACUGGAUAGCUCAAGUCAUGGAUAUCACGAUAGACGACCAUACUCUCAACAUCCCCAAAGACUCAAGAGCGAAUCCAAGGCGAUAGAUGGCCUUUUGCAGGCAUACUACGCUCCAUAACUCAUAUUGCAACAACCGAGCACUCUCAAUUUAAAGCAAUCGCACAACAUAUCCUGUACUAUAUACCUCAUCAAUAGAGACGAUCCGUAUACAAGCAAUAGCAUGUCAGAACAUCUAAUCUAAUAUAUCAAUAAUAUGCACUCUUCCUCUAAUACCUCACCUGCACGUGACGUUGUUUAUAUUUUAGUAGCGUGAACGCGUCUUAAAGGAUUCUUGUAGUUA